AUGGGGAGCACGUCGGAAGCGAGGACGUCAUCUUCCGCCGGCGCAUCGCAACCCUCGUCCAUAAGAUCAGUCGACGUUUCCGUCUCGGCAAAAUCCUCACCAACCUUGGUGCCUCAAAAUGGACAACAGAACGGCAUCCCGUCUUCGGCUGAACAGGUUUUAAAGCCGGUCGAGAAGACUUCGGUCAAGGAGCGCCUCACUCGCAUGUUUUCGACCAAGGACACGCAGCGGUCGUCGAACCUUGCUCCUCCCUCGGGCGAUAGAUCCGCCCCUGUCAGCCCCGGUCUCGCUCCCCCCGUACGGAAUCAACCUCCAAGUCGCAAGGGUUCCACCACCGACAAGGCCUCCGAAAAGACAGCCGCCGCCAGCGCCGCGAAAGCCGCCAAGUCGAGCAACGGUAACGCACAACAGCAGCAGCGCUUUCUCGUGAACCCCGAUGUACAGGGCGGCCAUGAGCACCAUCUCAAGAGCAGUAGGCGCCAGGAGAAGCUGUCGGACAUGUUCCGCAGCAUGCUGGGCGGCGGAAAGCGCGCCGAGCAGCAAGACCACGAUCUCUCGCUCGUUUCCGGAUGGGUAGACACCCUUAAGCAAGAGAAGGACAAGGACAAGGACGGUGGCCAGGCUGGCGAGAAGCGCGGGGGUCCGAACGCAUCUGUGACCUUGGUGGAGAAGUAUGGCAAGUGUCAGGAGGUGGUGGGCCGCGGAGCGUUUGGAAUCGUGAGGAUAUCCCACAAGAAAAUGGACAACGGCGCCGGCGAGAGGUUAUUUGCCGUCAAGGAGUUUCGCCGCCGGCCGGAGGAGAACGAAAAGAAAUACAGCAAACGAUUGACGGCCGAGUUUUGCAUCUCGUCCAGCCUGCGCCACCCGAACGUCAUUCACACGUUGGACCUGCUGCAGGAUGCCAAAGGGGACUACUGUGAAGUCAUGGAGUUUUGCCCCGGCGGCGAUCUGUACACGCUCGUGCUUGCGGCCGGGAAGCUUGAGGUACAGGAGGCAGACUGCUUCUUCAAGCAAAUGAUGCGUGGCGUGGAGUACAUGCACGAAAUGGGCGUGGCACACCGUGAUCUGAAGCCCGAGAAUUUGCUUCUGACGACCCACGGCGCCCUCAAGAUUACGGAUUUUGGCAACGGCGAAUGUUUCCGCAUGGCCUGGGAGAACGAUGCGCAUAUGGUUUCGGGUCUAUGCGGCUCCGGGCCAUAUAUUGCUCCAGAGGAGUACACUAGCAAGGAGUUCGACGCCAGAGCCGUUGACGUGUGGGCCUGUGGUGUCAUCUAUAUGGCCAUGAGGACUGGCCGCCACCUCUGGCGAAUCGCCAAGAAGGACGAGGAUGAGUUUUACGCCCGUUACCUCGAGGGACGUCGAGAUGAGGAGGGCUAUGGGCCAAUAGAGUCAUUACACAGGGCUCGCUGCAGAAACGUUAUAUAUUCCAUAUUAGACCCCAAUCCGUCACGGCGCAUCACAGCUUCGCAGGUCCUCAAAUCAGAAUGGGGCCGCGAGAUUAAGCUAUGCAAGGCCGGCGAGGAAGGCCUGUAA